UUCACCCGAUUGGGUUGCGCCGUUUGCGCACGUAUUUCAAAUGACCAGGAGCGACUGGCGGAUUUUCAGUUGAGGAGCAUUUAAUUCUGGAAGAGCGGGUCCCCGGACGAAAGAAACAUAAACUGCAAAAAUACGGAAAAAUAAGGGAAGGAAGGAAUAGCCUGUGGAUAACGACGUAAAACAACCUAAGAUAUCUACGUACUCCAUCCUGCUUAUGUUUCACUGAGAGAAAGUCACCAUGAAAUGUCCCAGCUACGAAGCCACCAGAACAAACAAAAUGGAGAGAAGCUCUGCUGCAGAGUCUAAGGUACUGCACCUUAAAGCGUCCCCUGUGAAAGAGCCCAUCCCCAUCAAACCUCAGUGCCCACCUGCAGGAGUGACCACAGUGUUGUUCUCGCUCAACACUAACACAAGAGCGGUCCACAACAAGGAAAACAGCAACAGCAGGGAGCACGACAGGUCUCUGGAUGAAGUGUUUGAAGACAGUGGCUACCUGUCUCUGCACAACAGUCAGCUUGGUGAUCGUCAUGGGGAGGAAGAGGACCACAUCCAGGACAAACCCCCGGCAUUGCUGUCUUCUGUUGCCACACACCACGAAAAGACUGAGAAAUCCCCCUCCAAAUGUGUGAAGAACUGUAGCAGACUCCUGGCUCGGGUGGCAGCGUCCCCUCCUGUAGAUUGUCAGAGAAGAAGAGCUGCAGCAUAUUCGCUGUCAUCCACCCCAAAAGACAAUCACAAGGACCCUAAUCUGCCUAUUCUGAAGUUCCAGCGUGCUGUGUGUGAACAGCUUGCCAAGAGCUAUCAGAGGAACAAGAGGUAUGACUGGAGCAUCCCCUCACAAGUAGCAGAGGAUUAUCUUUUGGAUCGAGUGACGGGAGGUCACAUGGGCCUGGAGUUCGUAGAUAUUUUUGAAUCACUGCUUUCCAGGAACAUGAGAAGCAUAUUGACCAACAUUCUUGCCUUGCUGAGUGACAUGGACCUUAUAAGCUGUAAGAAGGUGAGCAGGACAUGGAGGAAGAUCAUCUGUGAGGACACAGCAGCUCGGAGAAGGUGUCAAGCCAAGCAGGAACUCGGGGAGUCACGGAGCUCUCAGAGAGGUUGCGGUCUCACCAGAGAUGUAGCCGUGUCCAGGUUGGUGCUGUCCAGCAUGCAGACCCUGGCCUCAUCAAGCACUCCGUCUUCAUCGUCUUCGUCUUCGUCUACACUGAGCGGCAGAGUCAGCAGGCAGACCGAUCCCUCUCAGAGGGGCAGAACGCCCAACUCCCAGUGUACACGCUUUAAUGACUAUGUGCAGGCCGCCAGCAGCCUGAAGCAGCAUGAGUCUCUUCGUUCCUGCAAGUGCUGUGGCUCACCAUCGACGUAUUCGUCCGAGGCUAAGAGGGCCAAAUGCACACGCCUCAGCUGUCAGUUUGACUUCUGCACCCUCUGUCAGCAGGCCUUCCACGGCUCCACGCCCUGCAGAGUGGUGCAGCCCAGAGCCCACUUCACGUCCUCCAAGACCAACCAGAUCAUACCGGGAAGUGCUCGCAGCAAAAGGAACGUUCGGCGCCUGUGAGGAAACUUUUGAGGUUUUUAUCACAAACUGUUUUAACUGGAUGAGGUCAUCUUUUCCUCCAAACCUCCGACAGAGGGGACAUUUUUAUUUACACACGUUUGUCCUGAAGUGGCAACUGUGUGUGCCCCUGAGAAGAAGAAAAAAAAAACCCUCCAUCCUGAACUGUUGCUGCACCUUACUGAAUAGAGUGACUGAAGCACUAAAUGAAUCACUGCUGGAACAAUCAACCAGUUAGUGUCGUCUGGCUAAAACUGUUGUCGUCUGUGAGCGACAAUCCCAUGCCAAAAAAAGAAAACCUAAAUUGUACAGUUUUAUUAUGUUUUAAAAUUAAAUGGAUUUAAAUAUAUUGUUUUUAAUUAAAAUGUUUUAUUAUUGCUGUUUUCUAAAUAAAUGUUGCUCCAUGUGGUCCUAAAAUGUUAAUAUUUACUGUAUUUGUAUUCUCUGUAAAUAUACAUUUUCUUAAACUUU